GGAAGACAACCCUGCCCCCCCCCCCCAUACGUUUUCAGUGAUAGCUCCUUCCAGGGCGAGUCCCUCCCUUACCCUGCCCCUUACUCCCGUCCGCUCACAGGCCCCUCCCCAGCCGGCCUUUGUUGCCCCUGUGGCCAUGUGAGUCUUGUCCGACCUUUAACCCAGUCCGCGAGGGUUCGAGUUGCUGGUCUUGGCACGUGAGCGCAGCGACCGUUGGUCACUGUUGCGCGGCCACGGCUGGGUGAGGACGCAGCGGCCCUUCCGGCCUAAAGGGCCCUAGUUUGGGGACCGUGGGAAGGGCCUGGGCGGCGACCAGCUGAGGAAGCUGGGGGGGGGGGGGCGACCCGGGCCUUGCCCCGCGAUCUGGAUGAUGCGGUGUAACGGUAGAUCAAACUCGAAAUCGGGGUUGAAUCUCAGCCUUUGUAUAGCAUCAUUGUUGCGUUGCUCUGUGCAUUUCCAGUUAUUAAAUAAUAAAAGGCAUGGUCGCUUUUAGGGAAAUGUCUGAGAAACUACGAAGAUGCAGAAAGGAGCUGACUGCAGCCAUAGACCGAGCCUUUGAAGGAGUCAGGCAUUCCCAGGAGUGCACGGGCCCGCAGAGGUCGGACGCCGCCGCCGCCUCGCUAGCCUCCCUGCCGGUGCACAGACUGCCCUGCAGAAACCCACAGGCUGCGUGUCCCUCGGCUGCCCCCUGCGCUGGUGCCUCCUGUUCUCCUGAGAAUGAGAAUCCCGUCCCUGCGCCACACCAUGUCCCAGUUAAUACAAAACCCCUUCCAUUAUACCCCAAAAGAAAACCUCUGACCAGCAAGGAGAAUGUGUUGAUGCACUCUUCCAUUUUGGCCCGUGAAAGACAGUUUUGGAGAGCUGCGGGAGAUGGGGAAAACUGGAGGAAAGAAAGUUUAAGGAAGGAUAUGGAGAGAGACUUAAAAGUUGACUCAAAUAUGCUGCUCAGCAAUUCUAGCCAAGAGGUCACAAAGGAUCUGCUAGAUAUGAUUGACCAUACAAGUAUCCGAACUAUUGAAGAACUGGCUGGAAAACUAGAAUUUGAAAACGAAUUGAAUCGUGUGUGUGGACGCUGCCAAGAUUCACCCCUCAAGGAGGAGGCCUGGGCCCUGCUUGUGGACGAGAGCCCUCGGAAGGCUUUGGAUGCUGACCCUGGUAGCCUCAAGCAGGCUUUUGAUGACCAAAAUAUUGUUGAGACUGUUCUGGACCUGGAGGAGGACUACAACUUGAUGACCUCUUUUAAAUACCAAAUAGAGUAAGGAGAGUUCAUUGUCAAUAGCCUCAAUGGUUCUCAGAAGCCAGUCUACCAGGGGUUGGCAUAUCCUGAAUUGCCAUAUCCUGUUUAGUUCCUGCUGAAUCCCAGAGCUGAGAGCCUGGGAUUUAAUAUUCUAUUAUUUUGAAAUGUUUGGAGUUUUUUUGACUUGACAUUUUUUAAAGUGUGUUUUUGGUUGGUGUUCAAUAUAUACAAUACAAACCUUGGUAGGUUGUGCCUCUGCUCUUUCUCCUCGUAUUCUUUUAUACAUACCCCUGGAACA